CAGAAAAUGAGGCAGAAAGAGUUCCCUUCCAGCCAGUGCAUCUCCUAGUAUUUUCUGUUGACCUCUUGUGUAAUCGCUACAGCUUCAGUAGGAUUAGGCUCAUGUUCCAGUGUCCUUUCUUCACCUUGAGGAAACAAGAGGAAAAACGAAAUGAAACUGACGAGUUAACCUCCUCCACUGCCUUGGGACAGCAAGGAAAGUUCAGCAUCGCACAUGGUGAGCUUGAAGGAACUGUGGCUUUUUCAGCAGCCUGGGCUUAAAUUUUAGUCAGACUGUGGUGUAACUUGAGGAGAAAGGACACUGCUGACUUGAAGCAUUUGGGAUUCCCGUACAGCCUGUCACUCCUCACGCUGCCACUUUUCAAUGCUGGAGCUCAAGCAGGUCUUUCUGGUUCCCUGCCAAGUUUUAGAAGCUGCUGGCUUUUUUUUUUGUAUUUAUCCACAAACAUUUUGACCAUCUCCUGGAUUUUGUUUCCCCUGUGGAGUAUAACAAAAAGGGACUGCCCUGAAGUUUAGUGACAGUUGGGCUGAGCUAAAACAAAGGGAUUUUGGAAAGUAACCUUCUUGAUCUUCUGUGGAAGGUAAAAAAAAAGAGGAAGAAAAGAAGACGUCAGCAUCGCUGUACCUGUACAGUGCCUUAAACUCUGGAGCGUUCUGCUGAGAGUGAGGCUUAACGUCUAUUCCUGGAUUUCCUCCUGCUUCUUGAGUAUGGGUUAAUGGUGUUUGAUCAUGGUGGUCACCCAGCUGCAAUUGGAGCUGUGCUUUCGGGGAAAGAAACUGAGAGGUUUCACUUGCAAGUUAACCAGAUCACCCAAUGGAUUCAUCCCAGAGACAUCCUUCUCCAUUUUAUCUCAGCUUUUUGUCCCAUUCUUCUUGGCAGGUGUAGGCUUGGUGGUUGCUGGCCUCUUGAUGGAAUUUGUUCAUCACUGGGAAGUAUUUAAGACAAUCACAGAAGUAUUUAUUCUGGUUCCAGCCCUUCUUGGCUUGAAGGGUAACCUUGAAAUGACCUUGGCAUCUAGACUUUCUACUGCUGCUAACACUGGACAGAUGGAUGAUCCCCAUGAACAGUGGAAAAUGGCCACCUGUAAUUUGGCUCUGAUUCAGACACAAGCCACUGUAGUGGGACUCCUGGCAGCCCUAGUGGCAGUCCUUUUCAAGGCCAUAGCCAAAGGGUAUGUGGAGCUGAACCAGGCAGCCAUGCUGUGCGCCAGCAGUGUGACGACGGCAUUCAUUGCUGCCCUCUCGCUCGGUCUGGUGAUGAUUGCCGUAGUCGUUGGUGCAAGGAAGGUCGGGAUUAACCCAGACAACGUGGCUACCCCCAUCGCGGCAAGCCUUGGAGACCUGAUCACCCUUUCCUUGCUUGCUGGAAUCAGCAGCACUCUCUUCAAAUACAUUGAUGUGAGUUACCUUUCACCCUUGAUCUGUGCUGUCUUCAUUGUAAUGAUUCCUCUGUGGGUGUCUAUUGCCAAGCAGAGUCCUUCCAUUGCUGAAGUCUUGAAGUCUGGGUGGCAGCCAGUCAUCGUCGCAAUGGCCAUCAGCAGCAUUGGGGGCCUUAUCCUGAACAAAACCGUGACCAAACCAAAUUUUGAAGGAAUGGCUGUUUUCACGCCUGUAAUUAAUGGUGUUGGUGGCAAUUUGGUAGCUAUCCAGGCCAGCCGCAUUUCUACAUUUCUUCACUUCUGGAGCAUGCCUGGUGUCUUGCCGUAUAAGAUGAGACAGCAGUGGCCUAAUCCAUGUACCACCUUCUUCUCUUCAGGAGUCAAUUCCAAGUCUGCUCGUGUCCUCAUCCUGUUGGUAAUCCCAGGGCACCUGGUAUUCCUGUACAUCAUCCAUGUCCUGCAGGGAGGCCAUAUAUCUCUUACCUUCAAUUUUGUGUCAUUUUAUCUGAUAGCUGCUCUCCUGCAGGUGGGAAUCCUGCUGUAUGUGGCUGACCUGAUAGUGCGGCUGAUGUGGCGAAAGGGACUUGAUCCUGAUAACUUCUCCAUCCCCUACCUCACUGCACUGGGAGACCUCCUAGGCACUGGAUUGCUAGCACUUUGCUUCUUCUUGGUUUGGGUGAUCAAUGGCCCACAGAUGAAACAGGGGAUCUAAAGAGACUUCUACAAUAUUGCCCUGCCCACCACUCUAACAAGGAAGACUUUCACUAUGGUGCUUUUAACAUGGUCCAACAGGGUAUUAAAAGGAUAUGGGAUAUCCGUCCCCUUUGACCUCAACAUUGCAUAAUUUUGUUGUUUGAAAAAUACCAAUGAAGUGAUACCAAUGAAAAAUGCCAAUGAAGUAGCAUCUGUGUGGACUGCAGCUAUAUGUUGCAAUGAAAAGUUGUGAAACUGUGCUCAAGCCAGCCCCAUCUGAUUAAAAAACUUAAGGUAAGGGCUUGGUCAUAUAGGCCUUGGUCUAUGGGAGGCUAUCCAUUCUUCUCAGUAGAUAAUGUCCUAGAUGAAAAUGUUCCAAACUGGGCAGGUGCUUAAGAGGCCAGUCAUUGGCUUCCUUAAACCUAUUUUCAGCCCUGUAUAAAGUGUCCACUGGGUCUAAUAGUUUGGAUGGUAUUUCCACCUCAUACAUUUCUGACUGAGUUCAAAUCUUUAAAGACUUGCUACAUUCACCUUGUAAACAGAAAUGCACAGCUUUUCAGCUGUUCCUGUGACUUUCUGUAUGUAGCGGUGCUGCAUUUCCAUUCUCCAGUGAGCAACACAAAAGCCAGACUGAUCUCCUCUUUCAUAUUUCUUUUGGAGAUCUCCUGUGAAUGCUGCACCCCUCUGGUGUUUCAUUAUAGAGGGCUGAAAAAUGCCUCACUGCCCUCUGUUACCACCUGUGCUGCCUUUCAUGUGUAUUCAUAGGCAAGUCUGGACUCUCUAAAUUGAGUUCAGGACACUUGCCCAGAACAGAAACCAGUUUGGGGGAAUUAAGCUCCUCAUCAGUGGGAAACCUGCCUCCGUCUCCAAGCUUGACCAGUGUGGAAAACUAACACACUUGCUGAUUAGGGGGAGCAGAACAGGCAAUUUAGGGAUCUUCACCUGGAUAGUGUGGAAGCAAGCUCAAAAGUGCCUCUAAAAAGCUUCCGGUGACCACAAAACAACCAGAUCUUUCCCUGAGCAAGAGUUAAAGUUUAUUUUUGGGGAAACAGGAGUACAGUUAUUGAAAUGGCACUCAAGCUUAAGAACACUAACGUUGUUGUAGAUAUACAUAUACGAAGAGUGACAUGAGAGGGGAUUCUGUGUCAGGAAAUAGAGAUAGAUUUAAAAGGAGGGGAGAAGAGUUUUAAGAAAAAAGGACCUGAGCUGGGGAAGUGUCAGUUUUGACAAUCCAGAGAUUCAGUGCAGGAGGCCUUUGGCAGAGCUUCCAAAGGUCCCAAGGAAAUAAUGAGAAGGUAAGGCUGCGGAGGAGACCCCGGUUUGGAUAUAUCCCAGACUCCCAUAGAAAGAAAAGCAGAGUUAGCAACCUCUGUGCCACUGGUCUGGAUUAAAUUGCACAGUUUUGGUUGGCAGAAUAGUGAUAGUUAUCAGAGAAAUAACGGCAAAGUACAGGAAAUCCAGGUAAGUAGGUAAGUGUAUGAUGAGAAUCUGUGGAUUUCCUAACUUUGACCGGGGAGGGGGGGGGGACUUUCCAGAAAGGUAAUAAAAGGUCAUUGCAUCCAGGCAGACUGGACAAAAGGGAACUGGAGGCUUCAACCAUGCCUGAAGAUGAUUGGCAGAAGAUAUUCAGACAAGGCCACUAAAAAUAAUCAAGCCCACUUGGCUGCUUGAUGGUAAUCAGAUUUUCCAAUCAGGAAGACUCGCUGAUUUAAUUACACUUCCAGACUUACGUGGGUGCCUGGCUUUGCAGGCUGCUCGGGCAUGCAGAUGUUCCAUCAGUGAAUCUGGUGCCCGCCCACAUUUUGACCACUCAUUAGCAUAGCCUGAAAAAAUCCUUGACCUCCUCCAGAGCACAGCAUUACUAGGUCCUAAAAUGGCUGUCAACGCAAAUUUAUCUGAGAUGAAGCUGGGUCAGACAGCACACAACUUGGAAGGUGGCCCCUGGUAAAACAUCUAUUGCGACAAAGCCAGUCUCACUGUCAUUUGACAGCAAGAACUUCUGUAUGGACUUUAUUAUUGUUGAAAGAUGCAUGUAUUAGUUAGAGAGGUUCAAAAUCACUAUUCACUGUCCCUUCCUUUCUUUUGUCUCCCCCACCCCUUUCCUCAGGACACAAUUAGACUGUUCAGGAUUGUUUUAUUUAUAAAGUUUCAGUUGUUGUUGCACAGAGAUACUGAUGUUAAGGUAUGAAAAAUAAUUCCCUUGAGAUUUAAUGUGGGAUGUUGGCCCACACUCAUCAGCUAACAUCCUUGCCCCAUUCUAUCAAUUGUAUAAAUUUUGGGUCUUCCUGUUUUAGUUCUGCGUGGAUCCAGGUGACCAGCAAAAGGACUAGCUCGUGCCACCCUCAGCAGGUCCAUUCUGCCUUUUUUGUGGCACCACUGACUGCUCAUGGUUCAAUUGUUUGUCCUCUUUUCUCAAGAAAUUCUUGAUAUAAUCUGCCAUGUUUAUCAACUUCACAGGUUGUUCAGGUGUGAGGUCAGGACGGUUUGAAUUAGCCUCAUCCCUUAAGGAUGGUUAACUUGUCAUCCUGUUUUGGUUCUGCUAUAAAUUGAACUGAUAUUUUGUCCCAGUUGGAAUCAUGUUUGUUCCCUCUAACCAAUCCUGAAUUUUAAAUCCUUCCUCAGAUGUUUCAUUGACUUGUGAGAUUUCUUGUGUGCUCACCUCCUUGUUCUGGCUGAGAUGCAUCUUCCUGCGGUUCAAUUUGGGAGCAAGGUGUCACAUUCACCCUGGCAAAACCAGUAUGAAAACUAAGAAAACUAUACUCAGACUAUACAAGUAACUAGUGAAAAAGUAUUAUAUAUCUUUAAUACAAUUGUGCAUACAUAUUUGCAAAAAGAGCAGAAUCGGCAAUACCACAACGAUAUCAGACUCGAGAAUCUCCAGAAAGCACACUUAGUAAUCAAGUAUAUACUAUACAAUCCUCACAUGGGGUCCACAGUUCAAAUGAUCCACAAUUCAGGUACAAUCUCCUUGGGUUUCUGUUCAUUUUGUGGAACAAAUUCACUUCCUCAGCAUUAAUUGUCCAUCCUGUGUGCAUUGUUUAGGGAACACUAUCCUUCUAUAUAUGACCCACAAUUCAUAGAGAGUUCCUAUGUUAGUGAUGUGUUCCAUAUAAACCAGACUAAGAAUAAAUGUGUAUUGUAUCUGCAUGUUUUGCCAGGUCAUUUCCCAACAUCAUGGGGGCAGGGAUUUCAUCUAAUACUGCUAUCUCCCAAAGACUAUCACAGUCUUUAUAUUGUAUCUGCACUUCAGCCACAGGCACUGGGAAGUAGUUCUCCCAGUCCUUUAAUUAUGAUGCUUCCCUUCUUGACCAGGUUUUGUGAUUUAGCCCGGUGAGGUUUGAUGAUACUAAUCUGAUAUCCUAAAUUUCUCCAUGCAAAUCACUGGAAUCCGUGCACUACUCCAGGUUAACUGUGAUCUAGUUUCAUGCCUUCCUCAAGUGUUGGAAUCACUCCAAUGCUGGCAGGCCCUGAGCUUAGUGGCCUUCAGUCUUUCUAGUUUCACAUUCUAUACCAAGGCUUCUAAAUGUUGUUUACCAUUCACUGCUCAGGGGCUACAGCAGCCUGGGUCUGUUUUAUAACAUUCACUUAUUCUGGUGCAGCUGGGCCAGUCCAUUUAUUCACCUUGGGGCGACUGAUUCACAGAUGUUGUCCGCCAAAUCCACAUCUCCCCCACGUUCCCUCCUCUCUGUCAUGAGGUAUUUCUCAGGCUGUGUUGCUAUCACCUCUUGUAGUUUCUGUCAGGCAGGUGAAGUUCUUUCCACUGGGUACCCUGUUUAAAGUAUAAUUGCAGCUCUCUUAUCUUUGAAUUAUUAGCUGUGCUUGCUCUCUUUCACUUCAUGUUUGGCUAAUCCUAUCGCUUGUUCAAUGACAACUUUUUACAAUUUACCCUUUUUAGUUAUCUCAGGAUAGUAAAAUAAUCCUACCAAACCUGUUCUUUCAUUUUCUUGACUAUUUGGGGUCUUCAUUACAGCUCCUUCUUAUGUUUUACCUUAUAUUAACUUGGAAGGGCAAAUCCUUUUACGAAAUCAUUCCUUUUUCUUUAACUCCAUGUGACCCUUUCCACGCCCCUAGGUUUCAUCCAAAGGUUUACCUCAGGAAGGUUCUGGCGAUAAGCAAUCCUUUUUUCUCACCCAUACACAGCUAUAGAUGUUCUCUACUUUAUCAAGGCUUUUUACAUUAACAGCACUUACAAUCUGAGGUUAGAAUUCCAGUGCUCAUCCACUACUUUAUGUGAGACCUUUUUUUUACUCAAGAGGCCCUACUACCUUCCACAAUGUCUGUCUUACAGGUUCAAGGUUACAGGGUGGUCAGGCCAGGGUGGUCAACACCUGUCUCUGACCCUUUCAUACACAAGGUCCCCUCUCUUCUUGCUCACAAAGACUCUACCAGACAGGAUAUCCCACUUUAAUAAUCAUCCCCCAGUCAGUGCACAGAGCUGUUGAGGAUUGCUGUUCAGCUGCUGCUUCUUUCACAUGCUGCCACCAUUUAUUCAUAACCAUGUGUGUAUAUGUGUGUAUAUAUAUAUAUAUAUAGAGAGAGAGAGGUUGAGAUCGUAAUGUGUGUGCACAUGCUUCUUUCAUUAAGACCAUGCACCUGCAGCCCUCAGGGUUAAAAAACAAAACAGGGUUAGCUUAUAUUUAUGGUUUGAGCUUUGGAGUGAAUCAGGUAGUGGGGACAAGGUUUCUUUUCAACUGAACGUUUGAACUAUUUCCUUAUUCAGGCAUUGGGAAUUUUUCACUUCAUGCUGACUUGUUCUCAGUCAGCCUGCUCUCCUGCCACAUGCUUCACUCAGCCAGUCUCACCCUCCCUCAGCUGGACUAAUGGCGGAUUUCAGUUUUCUUCCGUACCAACAUUCCAUCAGCUCCCAUUGGUUGAUGUUAGGGAGAGGUGGAACCUAACCUGUCUGUCACAUCUUGAUUUUAAAAAAAAUCUUGAUUUCCAAGUUUGAUGCAGAGCAACCUGUAAUGUGACUAAUUAAGAACAACAGGAAGACAAUUGUUUUGUGUUUUCUUUUCUCCUUGUUGUGACCCGUCCAAACUAGAAAUUUCCCAAUCCUAUACACGCACCGCAGGGAGGUAUGGAACCCAUCUCUGUGUUGAGCACCUGCAUGUUUCCUUGGAAGGUGGUGAAAGUCCAAAGCUCUAUCAAAGACAAGCACUGAGACGUAGAAGCACUAGCAUUUAAGCAAAGUGUUGAGCUUGCUAGCAUCCUUCUCCUGGCCCAUUCUCAAUGCCAGGGUCACAUCUGAAGCCAUUCACAGCAUAUGCCCAUUUUUACAUGAAAGUCCUAUAGAUGAUGAUCAUCCCCAAUGAAGGAGUGAAAUGCUUACUUGAGAACUCCAGCUUUCAAUUUUACACAGUAUAUUCAAUGUUGUAUCAUAGCAAACUGGAAGUCUCACACAGAGUAGAGAUAGGUUUUCCUCUGGUAGGGGUUCAGCGUGCUAAAGUGCUCUGUGCUGGGAAGAGGAAGCCUGCCUACACUCAGCUUUCCUGUGCCUGCCUUUGGAAUUCCUAAUCCACCCUCCUUAACACAGAGCUCUUCAAUCCCAAUGCACAUUUUCACCAGGGGACCUCUCCAAAUGAAAUCCAGGGAGACCCCAAGGUAGAGAGGCACUACUGCCCACAGAGACUGUGCCUACUUUGACAGAAUUGUUAUUCUCCUUUUUUGUUUUAUGGUUUUAAAGUUGAUGGUGGUUUAAUGGUUUAUAGAAAAAUCCAUCCCAAAAUAAAAUGUUAACAAAAACUGA